AUGGUUCGAGAGAAAGUAAAAGUAUCUACUCGGACACUACAGUGGAAGUGUGUUGAAUCAAGAGCAGACAGUAAGCGUCUUUAUUAUGGACGCUUUGUUCUGUCUCCACUUAUGAAAGGUCAAGCCGACACAAUAGGCAUUGCAAUGCGAAGAGCUUUGCUUGGAGAAACAGAAGGAACAUGUAUUACACGCGCAAAAUCUGAGAAAAUUCCACAUGAAUAUUCUACCAUAGUAGGUAUUCAAGAAUCAGUACAUGAAAUUUUAAUGAACUUGAAAGAAAUUGUAUUGAGAAGCAAUAUAUAUGGCACUCGUGACGCGCUUAUUUGUGUCAAGGGUCCUGGAUAUGUAACUGCUCAAGAUAUCCUCUUACCACCUUCUGUGGAAAUCGUUGAUAAUACGCAGCAUAUAGCUAGUCUAACGGAACCAAUUGAUUUGUGUAUUGGAUUACAAAUCGAGAGGAAUCGAGGAUAUAAUAAUAUAAAAAGGCCAAAUAACUUUCAAGACGGGAGUUAUCCUAUAGAUGCUGUAUUCAUGCCUGUUCGAAAUGCGAAUCAUAGUAUUCAUUCGUAUGGGAAUGGAAAUGAAAAACAAGAGAUCCUUUUUCUAGAAAUAUGGACAAAUGGAAGUUUAACUCCUAAAGAAGCACUUCAUGAAGCCUCCCGAAAUUUGAUUGAUUUAUUUAUUCCCUUUCUACAGGCAGCAGAAGAAAACUUCCAUUUAGAGCACAAUCAAUACAAGGUUACUUUACCUUUUUUUACUUUUCAUGAUCGAUUGGCUAAACUAAAGAAAAAGAAAAAAGAAAUAGCAUUGAAAUCCAUUUUUAUUGACCAAUCAGAAUUGUCUCCCAGGAUCUAUAAUUGUCUUAAAAAGUCCAAUAUACAUACAUUAUUCGACCUUUUGAAUAACAGUCAAGAAGACCUUAUGAAAAUAGAACAUUUUCGCAUAGAAGAUGUAAAACAGAUAUUGGACAUUCUAGAAAAUAAAUAA